AUGGCGGGUGGUGGCAGGCUUUUGGCCGUGGCGGUGCUGCUGCUGCUCCGCGCGGGGCUCGGCGUUGCCGGUAGAGCUCGACUCCUCGCCGGCGGCGGAAGUGGGUGGGGCUUCGGCUCCGGCUAUGGCUCUGGUUACGGUUCCGGCGGUGGCGGUGGCGGUGGCGGAGGAGGAGGAGGAGGAGGCUCCGGCUAUGGCUCUGGUUACGGUUCUGGCGGUGGCUGGGGUGGUGGCGGUGGUGGUGGUGGUGGUGGUGGCGGUGGUGGUGGUGGCGGUGGUGGGGGGUAUGGGUUUGGUGGCGGGUUUGGGUACGGUUACGGUAGCGGCUUUGGCUAUGGUUCGGCGGAGGGGGGAGGCGGCGGCAGCGGCGGCGGCGGCGGAGGAGGAGAAGGUGGUAGCGGAGGAGGAGAAGAAGGUGGCGGAGGAGGAAGAGGAGGAUGGCAUGGCUGGGGGCAGGGUGGAGGUUCUGGAUAUGGCGAAGGAAGGGACGGCUGGGGAGGCGGCGGCGGGGGAGGAGGAGGAGAAGGUGGAGGAGGUGUUAACGACGGUGGCUCUGGGUUCGGAAGGGGUUAUGGCUACGGCUCUGGAGGCGGCCAAGGCGGAGGAGCGUACGGCUGGGGAGGCGGCGGCGGCGGCGGCGGCGGUGGAGGUGGCGGCACAGGUCAUGGGUUUGACUUUUGGCCUUGGUACGGCUUUCGUCGUGGUUGA